AUGAAUUCAGUUGACACCUCUUCUGCUGAAGAUGAUCUUGUCGAAAACUUCCAACAAAAAAUGGUUCUCAGAAGAUUCAAAAGACCUCUUUUAACUCUAAAUAAAAGAUUAAACGAUGUUUAUUUAACAAGGGACGUUCCCCUCUGUGUAUACUAUAGAAGGUGUGUUAAACUUCUAAGAUGGCAUCUUCCUUUAAUUUCUAAGGUUUUCUCAUCUGAAUUCAUGCAAAAUAACAAUAAUAAUUUUAGUGUAACUGAAUUGCUAAGUAAGAAUAAAGUUUUGGUAAGUUUUUCAUAUUUAUUGAUUUUAAAGGUACCGACCGAUACAAAUGGUCAGAUGUAUUACCCUGAUGGUCAAAAUUCCUUACAAAAACAUUUAGAAGAUCCUAUGUUAAGGAUAUUUGGGUCAGGAUUCUGUGUAAAGAAGUCAUUUUACUUGCUACAAGACCUAUACUAUCAUAUUGUUACCAUGUACAAACUAUCCUUUACAAGAUUUUUACACAAAUCUGGAGUAUUGAAGUACUGUGAUGAUUGUAAAAACAAAAUUAAUACUGGUUUGAAGUUAUCGGAUAACCAAUUAUCAAAGCUUUUUGAAUGUGAAUUAUGUAUGUCUCUAAAUAAAGCUAUGUUUGAGGACCUUUUUAAAUCUGUAUUUGAAGUUGUUAUUUCAACUGAUUCAAUCUGCUGCUCAGAUGACCUUUGGAUACUAGAUUCCACUUCAAAUGACCCAAAAUUAUCGGUUGAGCCAGCCAAUAGGUACAUUUCAUCGGUGUCAAUAACUUUAAAGCCCUGUGAUUUUAAUCUUUAA